UACGAGAUACGAAUGUACUCUCCAACUUGCACAAAUUGUGCAAAACUGUGAAUUUUGUAUUAAACAGUACCAUUCAAACUGGACAUCGUUACAUAUUUACAUACAUACAUAUGUACAUAUGUACGUUAGUGUAUGUAAAUGUGUAUGUACACAUAUUAAAGGCAGGCUCCACUUGUAGCGAAUAUGUACAUCAAGAGCAGACAUGUACAUAUGAAUUUGAGGGCAUGGUCAUUUACAUAUUUAAUAUCAACUUCUCAUAUUUGUGCGUAUCACUUCCAGCACUGUGUAUGAUAAAUACUUCUGUAUACUUCAAUUAAUCUCUGGAAAAUUUAUGUACACGAGCACCACAACUUUAUGCAAAUUAUGUAUGUAUGUAUUUCUGUAUAUAUGUGUCUGCUCAUAGUUACAUACAUACAAAUGUGUUUAGAUAAAGGCAGAUAUAAGAUGAAUUGAUCGAGUGGCCAUGCGUUUUUUGUGGAAAGGUCAGUUACAAUCAAGUGGACUUGUAAGAAGACUCUAAGGACUAUGCACACAACCUGUGAUCGAUGUGGGCAGAGUUGGAGGUCAAGGUGACUGAAGAAAAUGAAAUAAUUUCCGCAUACAGUGAUUUACUGGACGACCCCUUAUUGCUGGGAUUUCUUAACGGGAAGAAGCUCAAAGUGGAUGAAACAGUGAAAUGUUUGGAGCAUUUUAUUAAGAUGAGGACCAUCAAGUACAAAUACUUUACAAAAAAGUUCCUCCCAUCUACCACAACGAUGGUGAACAAAGGAUUUGUCAAUGUACUUAAAGAGAGAGACCCAAAAGGCAGAGUUGUCGUACUAACGCAAGCAUGUUCGUGGGUUCCUUCCGAAGUAACGCUUGAGGACUGCAUCGCAACCGUCAUGUUUUUCAUGGAUGAAGCCAUUCGCAGCGUAUUCUCGGAGGGGAAUGAAUUUGUGUGUAUCUUGGACUGUAAAGGGUUCGGUUUCCAUCAAGCGAAAUAUUUCACUCCUAGAGUUAUUUUACUUGGUUUGGAAAUGUUUACGCGAAGUAUCCCCAGCCGACCGAAGGCGAUGCACAUCGUGAAUGAGGGGUAUUUGAUAAAUGGUAUUCUUCGACUUAUUAGGACGCAGAUGGAUAAAAAAUUACAAGAUCGGUUCCACUUUCACUGUUCGAACGUGGAAGGGUUGCACGAACACGUACCGGCAUCCAUCCUACCUGCCUUCCUGGGGGGUGAGGUUCUCUCAAUGGAGGAGGCAUGCGAUGACUACCUGGUCCCCAAGAUCCUCCAGAGAGAUGAUUUCUACAAGAAGCUGGCCAGGAAGUCGUCGUUAAGUUAACCAUGUGAGGAAAUUAUAAGUAAUUUUUUCAACUGUGUAAAAACUAAAAGCCAGUAUUUGUAAAAGUUAUAAAUUAAUUAAAACCGUAAUAAAAUAAGCUGCGGAUUUUCCAGUAUAAA